AUGGCCCGCCGGGUCGCCGCCGUCCUCCUGCUCCUCGCCCUCGGCUGCCUCCUGGGCAUCCUCCUGCUCUGCCUCGGCUCCGGGGACGCCCGGGGCCCGCCGGGCUUCAAGUAUGGCAUCGUGCUGGACGCCGGGUCCUCCCACACGGCCAUGUUCGUCUACAAGUGGCCUGCAGACAAGGAGAACGACACCGGGGUGGUCAGCGAGCACAGCAUGUGCGAUGUGGAGGGUCCCGGCAUCUCCAGCUACAGCUCCAACCCUCCGGCUGCCGGGACAAGCUUGGUGCACUGCCUGAACCAGGCUCUGAGAGACGUGCCCAAGGAGAAGCACGCGGGCACCCCGCUCUACCUGGGUGCCACAGCCGGCAUGCGCCUGCUCAACAUCAUGAACCUGCAGGCUUCGGACGCCGUCCUCAGUGCCGUGGCAGCCACGCUGAAGUCGUACCCCUUCAGUUUCCGGGGGGCAAAGAUUCUGUCAGGGGAAGAGGAAGGGGUCUUCGGCUGGGUCACUGCAAACUACCUCCUGGAGAACUUCAUCAAGCGUGGGUGGCUCGGGGAAUGGAUCCAGCCCCAGAAGAAGACGCUGGGGGCCAUGGACUUCGGGGGCGCUUCCACACAGAUCACCUUUGAAACCAGGGACACCAUCGAAGACCCCAGAAACGAGGUGAUGCUGAAGCUGUACGGCCAGGCGUACAAAGUGUACACCCACAGCUUCCUCUGCUACGGAAGGGACCAGGUCCUCAAGAGGCUGCUCUCAAAGCUCCUCCAGCAGGCUGAGAGCUACCAAGCAACCGUCCCCCAUCCCUGCUGGCCCACGGGCUACCACAAGAGCCUGUCACUGAGCAGCAUCUACGACAGCCCCUGCACAGAGAAGGAGAGGCCAAGCCUUGCCCUCAACACCACCGUCACCGUGGUCGGCACCGGGAACGGGAGCCUCUGCGCUCUGUAUGUCAGCAAGCUCUUCAGCUUCACCACCUGCUCCUUCUCCCGCUGCUCCUUUGACGGGAUUUUCCAGCCAGAGGUUUCAGGAAACUUCAUUGCCUUCUCUGCCUUCUUCUACACAGUGGACUUCAUCCGGACGGUGAUGGGUAAACCCGUGCACUUGCCCAGCGACCUGAAGGAUGCUGCUGAGACCAUCUGUGCCACCAGCUGGAGUGAGCUGCUCCAGAAAGCCCCCAAGCUGGAGAAGAGGCUGUCGGAUUACUGCGCUGUCAGCAUGUUCGUUUAUUUGCUCACCACCAAAGGCUACAACUUCAACAACCAUUCCUUCCCCAACAUCGCCUUCCAGAAGAAGGCAGGAGAAACCUCCAUUGGCUGGGCCCUGGGCUACAUGCUGAACCUCACCAACAUGAUCCCAGCAGAGAAGCCCUCUUCCCACAAAAGCAUGAUGUACAACUACUGGGUCAUCCUCAUCCUGCUCUUUGUGGUCACCACCCUGACAUCUCUGGUGACUGCUGUCUGCCUGCUCCGGCGCAGCAAGUCCCUCGCAAUCUAACGGCAGGGACAGGGUGGGCCUUGUCUGCAGAACCCAGCACCAUCCUUCCUGCUGGAGUCUCCGUGGCUUGAACACUUGGGAUGCGGCAAGUGCUCGGAGAUGUCCUUCUCCAAUACCCAAUGCUGCCUGUCCCAGAAGGAAAGCUGUCCCUUUUUGCCCUCCCCUUGCUUUCAAGCUGCAGAAAGGGGGGGGACAGAAGAGGACGGUUGGCCCUGCAGAAGAAUGGCUUAAGGGUUUCCCAGUGCUACUCAGGGAUGGACCCCGGAGCAGGCUCAGGAUUUGGACGUUCAGACCUGGGGCAUCUUUCUGCCACCAGACCUGGGCUGGACUGGGCCAGCGAGUCCAGACAACAGCAGGAUUUAUUCUCAUGUGCAUGGGGUGGGUGGGGAGUACUACUUACACUAGUCCUUAUAGCUGACCUUGCUAGCAUGUCCCUGGAGCACCAGCCCUGCCUCCCGGGGAGCUCUGGGCAUCACCCAGAGUCCACGCUGUCUUUCUGGCCGAGGCACAAACCCACUGACCUUCCUGAGGGCCAGAUCUUGGCCUGGGCUUCCACCGGCCUCAGCUCAGGGGCUUUGGGUAGGGGCUUAGCAACAGCCAGAAGCGGGCAGUAGGCAGCAGGUCCCCCUUCAGCAACCAGACACGGUGCCUUCCCCAUUCCUGUUGUUCCUAAGCCAGUCUGGCCUUUGCCACAGCCAGAGCCUCCUCCGUCCCCCCAGCAAUGGCACAAAAAGCCCCUGUGGCUCUCUGGUGCGUGGCCGUGCCAGCGCAGAGGUGAUGGGCUCGCUGCGGGAGUGGGGCUUUCUGCUGCUUUGAGCCCUGCAUCUCCCCACACCAGGCAGCUGGGAGGAUGCGCCUUCAUUUCCAAAUGAGUAAAACCAGGGACAUGCGAAUGUGCAGAAGGUUUGAUUUUGUUUGGUUGGUUUUUUUAUAAUCAGAAAUAAAUCUUUGUAACCACU